GUGCGAGACACUUUCAAUAAAGGAAUGAACUUUAAAGAUGCUAAGCAGCAACAUUAAGUAAGAGAGACACACACAGUCGCUUUCUCAAACCCCUCAUCGAUUCCGACAUGGCUUGGUCGUUUUCCUCCCUGUUCCUCUUCUCGUUCUUUGUUUUCAGUUUAGUCGAGGGUAAGCAUGUUUUGGAAGACGGGUACGAGGUUACUACAGUGGUCGACGGUCACAAAUCUGGUCUUAAUCCACACACGGUUCAUGCUCUACCGGGAUCUUCUAAUAUGAUCGUCCUUGAUUCGUCUGGAAGCACGUUCUACACUACUUCUUUUCCUAUGUCCGUUGAUAGUGUGAUAAACCGGUUUGCUGGGGAUGGUAGUAUCGGUUAUUUAGAUGGUAAAGCUGGUAAUAGCCGGUUCAGCAAGCCGCGUGGUUUCGCUGUGGAUGCUAAAGGGAAUGUCUAUGUUGCUGAUAAGAACAAUAAAGUUAUACGCAAGAUCAGCUCUUCAGGUUAUGUAACCACCAUUGCUGGUGGAAUCUCAAAUGAGUUUGGACAUAGAGACGGACCAGCACAGAACGCAACUUUCUCUAGUGAUUUCGAUAUAUCUUUUGUUCCUCAAAGAUGUUGUUUGCUUGUUUCUGAUCAUGGAAACGAAAUGAUCCGCCAGAUUAAUCUAAAAGAGGAGGAUUGCCUCCAAAGCUCUCAUUCUAAUUUGGGGACAUACUCUCUUUGGUCAAUAGGAAUUGCCCUUUCAUGCUUUCUCGGUGUAGCCAUUGGAUUCGCUUCUCGCCCUUACAUCAUUCGUCAUACAGGAAGAAGUGAGCCACCACUCGUUCAUCGCGACAUGGAAGCUUCUCCUAAUCAAAUUGGGGGAACAAGUUCGGACCUUCUUCUCCUACACUAGAAGCCUAGUUGCUGGAUCAACACUUUCUUCUCUACUAAGCAGACUAGUUAUGAUGAUCGUUUCUCACCUUUCCCUCAUGUAUUCCGCAAUAAGUAGAUUAGUAUGUUCCAUGGUAUCUCCUCUUUUCUUCAUGUGUCAGCCCAGCAGUGUAGCUGUUUUAGACAAGACGGUCUCUUCGCCUGAUCCCGUAACCACGAGUCAAUCACAGCCGCAGCUUUCUCUGAAACCCUCUGAUGAUCUUGUGGACCUGAUUACGUUUGAUGAUGCCGAAGAGCACAAUGAUCAGGAAACUGUCACUGCUACAUCUUUUGUAAAUGUUGUGUUAAAGUAGCUUUGUGCUGAACGUUUGCUUAAGCAUCUUUAUGGAAGUGCUCAUCUUUUUCUUUUA